CCUGUAGUUACAUUAGCCGUAGGGCGCUAAAGAAGAUGAGGCUAGGACUAAAGGUCCAUAAAUUAGUAGACCCAAUAGUCAGUGUCCUCGCAGACAACCGCACGAUGCGAGUUGAGGACUACGUAGAGGAAGUCCAGGCGUACUUUCGCCUAGAGAAGAAUGGAAAGGUGAAGAAGGUCCUCCAUUCUUUGACUCUCCUCGUGCAGGAUGACCUUCCUUUCGAUAUAGUGUUAAGAAUGGAUUGGGGAGAGGCAGCAGGGGYCACACUUCAUUUGAGAGAGCAUGAGUGUAGGCUCCCUAAUCCGUCAGGCGAGGUUAAGACUGUCCGCUUGUUCCAUGUGUCCAGUGUAGAUAACACCUUGGCACAUUGCUGUCUCAGUGCUCCCGCGUUUGCGCGAUUAGUAAAGAAGGAGCAGUUAGAAGACCAGGUCUUUAUAGGUUAUGUUGGACCUGUCACUGAGGCCCAGGAAAAGGAUAGUUCCACAGAUCCAACAAUUGUCAAGCUGCUGGAAGAAUUCAAAGACUUGACUGAGUCGUCGACAGGAGUAGUGUCGCGACCCAUCCAGCAUAGGAUAGAGAUAGAGUCUGGCAGUAGAACUCCUAAGGGUGCAGUCACCAGGAUGUCCCCUAGAGAGUUAGAGGAGCUUCGCAAGCAGUUAGACGAACUCCUUGAGAAAGGUUGGAUCAGGCCCAGUUCGUCUCCUUUUGGAGCACCAGUUUUGUUUGUCCCCAAAAAGGAAGGAGAGUUUCGUAUGUGUAUAGACUAUAGGGGUUUGAAUGCGAUCACAGUGAAGAAUGCUGAGCCGCUGCCCAGGAUAGACGAUCUUUUAGAUCGGGUGCAGGGUUGCAAGUAUUUUUCAAAGAUAGACUUGAAGUCCGGAUACCAUCAGAUUGAAGUCCAUCCUGACGAUCAGUAUAAGACUGCGUUCCGGACUAGAUACGGGCACUAUGAGUUCAUAGUAAUGCCCUUUGGACUAACCAACGCGCCAGCUACUUUUCAGCGUUAUAUAAAUGACCUGUUUAGACCGUGGUUAGAUAAAUUUGUAGUAGUCUAUUUAGAUGAUAUCCUAGUUUUUAGUGAGACCCUCCAGGAGCACCAGGGUCAUCUGAGGCAGGUCUUGGAGAAGCUUAGAGAGGCUAACUUCAAGAUCAACGCGAAGAAGUGCGAGUGGGCCAAGACGCAAGUCUUAUACUUGGGCCACGUGUUGGACGGAGAUGGCAUUAAGCCAAAGGACAGUAAGAUCACGGCAAUUAGAGACUGGCCGACGCCCCGCACAUUAACAAAGUUGCGGUCGUUCCUAGGCUUAGCUAACUACUAUAGGAAGUUCAUGAGGAACUUUUCCACUAUCGCCGCCCCCUUGCGCAGACUGCUAAAGAAAGAGGCAAUUCGGCAAUGGGACAAAGAUUGUACGUCUGCGCUAAAGAGAUUGAAGCGCACAUUGAUAGAGUACCCUGUCCUCAAAGUAGCAGAUCCGUCCUUGCCAUUUGUCGUCACUACGGACGCAAGUCAGUAUGGGAUAGGCGCCGUGUUGCAGCAAGACGACGGCAAUGGCUAUAGACCCGUAGAGUUCAUGUCACCGAGGAUGCCCUGUGAGAAGAUCGCUACCUUCACGUACGAGAGAGAACUUUACGCUCUUAAGCAGGCUUUAGACCAUUGGAAGCACUAUCUGCUUGGGAGGCACUUCAAAGUGUAUUCCGACCACGAGACACUUCGUUGGUUAAAGACACAGGCCAAGAUGACACCUAAGUUGACUAGGUGGGCCGCAGAGAUAAACCAAUUCGACUUUGAGCUCAAGCCAGUGAAGGGCAAAAACAACGUAGUUGCGGAUGCUCUGAGUAGGAGAUCAGACUACUUUGGAGCCGUAGUACACUAUCUGGAUAUAGGGAGAGACCUGCAGGAGAAAGUGAGACAAGCGUAUACGCAGGACCCUAUCUAUAGCGACCUCCUAAGGGAGUUAGAGAGGCCCCAGAGACCGAACCAGACUACCGCACUACAGACGAGUUGCUAUUUGAGAAGACUAAUGUGUUUGACCGCCUGUGCGUUCCCAACAGCGAAGAGAUUCGUAGUCUGAUUUUGGGGGAAUGUCACGAUACUGAGGGACACUUCGGUUGGCAAAAGACGUUAGCCAAUCUAAUGUGCGCGUACACCUGGCCAGGGAUGAAGAAUGAAUGCAUAGAGUAUGU